AGAAGAAAGAAGCUUGAGUGCCUCUGUUGUCCCUCCGAUUUAUAUCCUCACUCUUUGCUUUUUCUGUCAUUCUGCGCCCAGGCCACCUGCUCGACCAUGGCUCUGUUGAAGUCCAGCAAGGCAAUCUCCAGUAUUGGGACUUUCUCCGCAUCCCUGGGAGUUUUGUCUACCCGUAACAGCUCAUGGUGGGGUGGAGUGCAGAUGGGCCCCCCUGAUCCCAUCCUGGGGGUGUCGGAGGCCUUUAAGAGGGACACCAGCCCGAAGAAGAUGAACCUGGGGGUGGGGGCCUACAGGGACGACCACGGCAAACCCUUUGUGCUCGAUUGUGUCCGCAAGGCAGAGGCUCUGAUUUCUUCCAAGCAGUUGGAUAAGGAGUAUCUGGCCAUCGGUGGUCUGGGGGACUUCACCAAGUCCUGCGCUCAGCUAGCCCUGGGGGCUGACAGCGAGGUCCUCAAGAGUGGCAGGAACAUCACUGUCCAGACCAUUUCAGGAACCGGCUCUCUGUGCAUUGGAGCCAACUUCCUGUCUCGCUUCCACAGUGCGUCCCGUGACGUGUACCUGCCCAAGCCCUCCUGGGGGAACCACACACCCAUCUUCAGAGAUGCUGGCAUGCAGCUGAAAGCCUACCGCUACUACGACCCCUCCACCUGCGGCUUCGACUUCAACGGGGCACUCGACGACAUCUCUAAAAUGCCAGAGAAGAGUGUGAUCAUGCUGCAUGCCUGUGCCCAUAACCCCACCGGUGUGGACCCCAAGCCUGAGCAGUGGAAGGAGAUCGCUGACCUGGUGAAGAAAAGGGACCUGUUGGUGUUCUUUGACAUGGCCUACCAGGGCUUUGCCAGUGGAGAUAUUGAUCGUGAUGCCUGGGCUGUUCGUCACUUCAUCGAGCAGGGCCACAAAAUUGUCCUGUCUCAGUCCUUCGCUAAGAACAUGGGCCUCUACGGUGAGCGAGUGGGAGGGUUCACUGUGGUGUGUAACGAUGCCGAGGAAGCUAAGAGGGUGGAGUCUCAGCUGAAGAUUCUGAUCCGGCCAAUGUACUCCAACCCUCCAAUGAAUGGAGCCAGAAUUGCUGCCACUAUUCUCAACACACCAGACCUUUAUAAAAUCUGGUUGGAGGAGGUCCACGGCAUGGCCAACCGCAUCAUCAAGAUGAGGGAGCAGCUGGCGGCCAACCUGAAGAACGAGGGCUCCACUCACAACUGGCAGCAUGUCAUCGACCAAAUCGGCAUGUUCUGCUUCACAGGCCUCAAGCCUGAACAGGUUGAGCGUCUGACUAAGGAGUUUUCAGUGUACAUGACCAAGGAUGGUAGAAUCUCCAUGGCAGGCGUCACGUCCAGCAAUGUGGGAUACCUAGCGCAUGGAAUCCACGCCGUCACUAAGUAAAAAGGAGAAUGCUGGGAGAAACAGCGGGGCACGGUGGUGCUGGACACAAUCCAAAUUAAAAUAACACCCUGAAAAAUAGCAUUUUUUGUCAUUUUACUCUCCCUGCCCUCUCCACCCACCCCUUACAGAGGAGCUGGACAUUCUUAAAGACUGUCAAUUGUUCAUCGUCAAGUUCAACUUUGACCUCAACCCUCCUCGCGGUAGGGAGGCCACCAUGUCAAAGGUUGUUUAGUGAUGGUCCAAUGAUCUGCCCUACAUUUGACUAAUGUCUGAUGUCUCUCUUCUACUCUUAUUUAUUGUAUGUCAAAGGUUAAUAUUAAUUAACUUAAUAAAUGGCUUAAUAAUGACAGGUUAAUAUUUUCUUUUAAACCUGCUCUGCCUGCUGUGGUCCAAAUUACUGUUAGGCUACAGAUUAGUUUACCAACACUUAGGCUCUGUUGUGUGUGUGAGAAUUGUGAACUCUUGUCUGUCAUUGCAUAUUUCUGUAGGAUGUGAAAGUUCAACUUUUCCUCCACACCAGUAGAGUAGCAGAAAACUCAGCAUUUCCAGAUAACAAUUAGUUAUAAGAUUGUCUGGCACUACCUUUAGAUGAGAUACGGUCAUUGAUAUUUUAAUAUGCUUUAGAAGUGGACAAUAAUGUAUGAUCAUUCAGUCCUUUCACUCAGCCUCUGUCUCUUGCAUUUCCACUUGCAUAAUCUUGUCUUUGAUACUCACUAUAAAUAAUUAUAUUACUGUACAAGUUUUGUGCUUUUUGCACUAAGAGCAGGGUCUACUGUGGGGGUCUUUCUUCUAAGUGUUGAUGAGUGAGCAGUCAGCCAGCCAGUCUUAAAUGCCCACUGAAUGUUCCUCUCACCCCCCAAACAAUGGUUUGAAGUUUUAAAGGUGCAAUAUACAGAAAUCGCUCUGCCAUUUCCUGGUUGCUAAAAUUCUAAUAGUUUGCCUAAUUUCAGUUUGACAAGUAAUGUGUAGAGAAUCACUGUACCAUCUAAACCGCUGUGGAAUAUAUCUUCAAUAACCGAAAGUGUUGUAUUUUCAGCUGUUCAAAGCUGGUGUACAAAACUGAAAGUAAGAUGCAAAAAAUGAAACUUAAUGGUAAGCAGAGACAGCGCACAGAACAGAUCUACUGCUUCUUAGACUUGCUUUCAAUGACAAUGACUGAUCUAUAACUAAACAAUUCCAUUUGAAUUUGGUCCAAAAAGUUAAAUUGCAGCUUUAAAAGGAUAGACUGUCCUAUGAUGGUGCUCUUGUAUUUCCACAAGAAAAGGCAUUUUACAAGUGUUAUUUAGAUCACUGGGUGACUCCUAUCCCCUCCGUUUCAGAACCAAGAGGUUAUAGAACUUCUAUUAAUAUAUGUAUAGACACUGUUUUGCUCCAAUGAUCAGCCUUUGAACAUUUUCUCUGUGUGUGUCUUUCUGAUUGUAACAAGACAGAUUGUGCAGGGAAAUUCACCUUUCUGCUGUCUACUCAUGAAGAUUAAGCUGCUCUGUCACCAUUUUCGGGUUAGCGCAAAAUAAUAAAACAAUAUGGAGCAUCGGUCAGGUCUUUCUCUGAACAAUUAAAAACAUUCUAUCAUUGAA